UCUAUUCAGGUCAACCACCGCAGGUUCACAGAGAGCACCAACAGUUUCAACACACUCUGAGGAAAAUUAAAAUCAGUUUGAUUUCUUCUGCUGACACACCAACUGCUGCACCUCCUCUUCCUCCUCUUCUUCUUCAUCACAGAAUCUCCUCCUCUGCGGCUCCAUCAUGUGGCUUCAGUCUGUCUCUCUGCUGGUCUUACUGGUCGUGUCGUGGCCGGGCAGCGAGGCCGCCCCGCCGCCGCCGCAGCAGCAGACGCUGUGCGGCUCUCACCUGGUGGACGCCCUGUACCUGGUCUGUGGGGAGAGAGGCUUCGUCUACCACCCCAAGAGAGACGUGGACUCAGCGACGGGCGAGGACAGGGUGAACGGGCCACCUGGCCUUGUUAGGCAGUGCUGCCACCAACCCUGCAGCAUCUUCGACCUGCAGAACUACUGCAACUGAACAGCCAGCUCUGAUUAGCCUAGCCUAGCUUAGCUUAGCUUAGCAUCCUGGAUAACUCAGGCCUGCUGAGAAAUGGAAGAAAUUAUUUUUCCUGUAAAAUAAAGUUUUGUUAUUUGACAUAUUAA